GAUACGUUUUCCCUCUCCACGCAUCCAGGACUGUUGCUGUUUGCUCUUCUCAGAAUAUUCUUCAGGCUCUUGGACGCAGGAAAUCGUAAGAAAUCAUGUCUACGAACAAUCUCAAUUCAGUUACAACUUUCAUGGAGCAACUGAAUUUGCGUGAAGAAGUCAUGCCUUUAGUGAUUGAAGCUUGUUCCAAUUAUCCCGCUCUCCUUGAGAGCCACAAGGACCAUGGACAAUCUUUUCAACGAGGUGCUUUCGAGUGUCUAGGGGAAGUACUUCGAAUUUUGAAAACCAAGAAAAUUAGGGAUAUGAACAGCUAUGGAUGUCGUCAACUUGUAAAAGCGUGUAAUGAGGCAGAAUGUUUUAAGGUUAACCUGGGAUGGCUAAAACCGUAUAUUGAUUCAGCUCUCGCGAAGAAAGAUAUUGCCGAGAAUUUUCAUGAGAUAGAAAGAAUGGAACAAAGGAUCCGCACACUGGAGGAGGAGCUUGAAGGAAAGGAUUUGAAAAAAAGAAUACCAGGAAUAACUCAAGAAGAACUUCAAAAACUGAAACAAGAAGAGCUUCAGAAACUGAAAAAAGAUGUUGCGCUAAAAAAACAAGGCUUGGUCGAUUUAGAUAUAGAAAGAAAUCUUGAAUUUCCUGAAUAUUCCCAUUUGUAGUGUGUUUCAACUCGGUUAGGACAUGUUUUGUUUUGAAUUUGUUGGACGAGUAACCCUCUAACUAUUUUUUUUUUUUUUUUUGCAAUUUCUGAUAGUUUAAGACAUCUGCAAUGCAAUUGCACAGACCUAAAAAUGUUUGCUGCGA